GUUUCAGCAGAAGAGAGGACAACGCCUGGUGAAGGAGAGACAGCGGACAGAGAGAUGUUGGGUCCCAACUCUGAAAGAAAGAAAGAGGAAGACCAGAAGAGGAUUCCAUGUCAAGAUGAUCAAGCCAUAAUGGAGGAUACCCUGAGAGCUCACUCCACACUGGAUGAAGACCUGCUGGAAAUGGCCGCUGGCCAAAGAUUCAUGGAGAUCCCAGGAGCCAUAGAGCCGUCCAGGGCACAGGACGGAUUGAGGACUGAGACCACUCACCUGGCAGGGGACACUGUGGAGGCAGUCAUUGCAGAGCGGAAGGAGGACUCCUCUUCCAAAAACUCCUUGGAGCAUCAGGAAGAGAAGGUAGAGGCAGUGAACCAUGAGUCCUGGAGCCAGCCUCAUAGAGUUAUUGUCCUGGAGCAGACACCCCAUAAGAGAGUGAAUCCGAGUGAGUCAGACCAAGUGUUGGACAAAUGACCAACUUCCUUCAGGGGUGAACAAUUACCAGACUUUGCAGAUUACAAGAGACCCUCAAUGGCAGCUCACUCCCUAUUCAUAAAAUGUGAAUUUACUUUUAACAACACUGCAUAUUGAACCUAUUUCUUGUCACAUCUGUUCUGUCAAAUGAGUGGCAAUGUUUUAGACUUUUCCUGUAUCUUAUACAGUAUGUCUUAAUGAAAAGACCAAAUGUUGAGAAAUUUUAAUGUUACUCACCAAAUUGUAACAUUUUUGUGUUGAAUGUCAGUGUUUUGUGUGUAUGCCAAUAUAUUUCAUAUUUGCAGAAUGAACCUGAUGAAAAUGCCAGAACGUGCAUUAUUUGUUCCCUUUACUCUGUAUGAAUAACAAUUUUUUGCAUCUAAGGUCAGUCUCAUUAUCUGUACAGAGUGUGUGGUUUUUUUUUCUUCACUUUUUCUGGAUGUUCUUGCGGACACCAGCACCUCAUGGAUGGAGUAAUACAGGAAGCAGAUGGGUUCACGUAUUCUCCCCCAAGUUCAUUUUUGUGAAAAGCUCACUUUGCAAUUUAAUGCAGUGGCAUGCAUACUUGAGUGUCUUGGAUUUCUAAAUGUCUAGUGUUGUAAAAAUAAUUUCCUUGCAACCGUUAUUAUUCUUGAUGAAAUGUUAAAUGAGAUUUGUACAAGAGUUCAUUUUAGUGUUUCUUGCAAAGUUUGUUUUUAAUGUUGUCACCCCAUUCAUUGCAUUUUAUUCCAAUUGUGAAAUGUAGAGCUUUUGUCAAGUAAAACAUUGUGAUAAACACAGUGGAUGAUAAAAAUAGUGGCAGUUCUCUCAGAUUUUUAUUGUAACAAUUUUCAAUUGCAUUGAACUCAAGAAUGUUGUUUAACAAGUUUAAACCUUACAUAACCAUAUUUCAAAAUGACAUUUUAAAAUUAUAGGAGCACAUAUGAAUACAUUUUACAAGACAAUAGAUGACUAGGCAUACAGUCCUUAUAAAUGAAUGUUGCUUUUCAAAUUACUUCCAGUUAAAAUGCUGUUCCAUUAUUGUUAAGUACAAUAUGAAGGAUAUGUAACAUUA